GAUACUACACUGUGGUCCAUUUGUUCGCCCGGAGGCUGUAUUCAGUUUCCAGUGGUGCGCUUUGAAAACAUUAGCUCAAACAUCAGAGAAACCGGAAAGUAUCAGGGAAUUGCAUCGUGUAAAGGAUCGGUCAAGUUGCAGUGCAUUUAAUUCGAGAGAUUUUGUGUUCCACCAAGUGACCGCCGGUAUAGUGAGUGUGAAAUAGUCCCAAUACCAGACGGAAACCAUUGAAGUACAUUCUUGACUCGCAACAUCGUCAACAUAAGCAUUGCGAAUGCCUACAACUGCAGCAGCAACAUAGGUUUCGUUUGCAGCAUUCGAUACAGUUAUUUCUGCGCACGAUCUAGUCAUCUGAGAGACACGGAGCAAGACACGAGGAAGGAAAGACAACAGAAGUAGCUUGGCUAUCUUGCAAACGAGCAGUUUACAGAUCGGGCACCUAGAUAAAGUAGAAAACCUUUCUUCCAAAGAAAGGUCCCAUUGGGACAAAGAUCAUUCGGGAGAGGUAGAGAGAGAAGGAAACUGGAAAACUGGAAGAAAAACUCCAGCAGCAACCGCCAACGCGACGACGGAGCAGAUCAGCACCAGUUCCAGUUUCACAUAACCCACCAGCCCGAAGUAGCCCAGCUUCCGCGAUCGGUUGUGCUUGUUUCUAAGAUCCUGGUGAGAGAGAACGGGCUAAUGAAGUGCCGUUGUUUUCUAGCCGCGCGACUUACCCUAGUCGUGAGUUGCUAGUUCUUGCGCAUUUCUUGUUCCCAGCGUGUAUCAAGCAUCCGAUUGCGCGGAUCAAAAGAUCAGACAAGAAAGGUUCGUGAAUCGCGAGAUUAGCACCACAGUAACAGUAUGUCAUCGAACGGAACGUACAAUCUAACCGUGGACGGUGAGCUUCGUUAUCUUGUCCAAUGGUUCGAAGAGUGGAGUGACUUCCAGCGCGAAGAUUUCAUCCCCUAUCUGGUAUCGUACCUGUCACACCGCAACGAUGGCUCGGGUGCUGUGUAUGUGAACGGGAUCAUUAGCGCCAUGGCACAGAUAAACCCUGGGGAAGACAAACCGAUGAGCUUGUUCCAGUGUAGAGUUAAACUGUUCAACGAAUGGUGCAUCAAGUGGCCGGAAGAGUUCAAAACGAAACUGCUGGACCGGUUGGAACAGAUCGAUGGACCGUUUGGUUCCCGGGUGCGAUCGGAAAUGGACGGUAUCAAACCGAUGAAUGGUUGUGCGGAGGUCACAAGCACUCAGCUGAUCGACGGAGCGAACGAAUGUGAGCCUCCACUUGCCCACCAUGAAUCCACCGUCGUGGCGACCGCGGUACUCGUUGCGGACGAAGAUUAGAGAUGGAGGAUAUAUUAGAAGAUAGCUAGAAGAUGAUAAUGAUCGUUUGAUCAGUUUGGUACGUAGUGCACUUGCACCGUGGCAAUGCCAUCUUUCAAAAUAGGACAUAUGAAAGCAACAUCGUAGGUAGAUCAUGUUCCAUUUAUUUAAUCAUAAACAUUCCCUAACACUAUAGAGCAGCUAUUUAUCACUGUUAAAACUCGAAGCAUUAUUUUAUUUCUCUCGUCGUCAUCGUAACACGUCGGGUCACAUAAAGCGGCGGUCUCGGCUAGAUCGAAGCAUUUGGCCAUAGACAAAUGCAAAUUCAUUCCUAUGCUCACGUCGAUCCCGUUUCUGGUCGCUCGCAUAUCAUGUGGAAAUUGACACGGUGUCUUUUUCAACAAAAUUUUCACUUGGUUGAUUCAAAUGGCUACCUGAUAAAGAAGUAUCUCAAAAUAAGAAGGAUUAGCGUAGAUAUUAUUUUUGUAUGAAAAAUUGCUGCAAAAUCUAUUACUACGCCAUUCAUUUGUUGUCUCUGCGAUAGUCGAAAGCAAUCGUUACUCGUAGUACUACCUAACAUUGAAUGAAUAAGUUACACUAAUGAAGACAUAAAUAAACAUGGACCCUAGGUACUUGUGCCUUGGA